AUGCUGUUGAGACUGCUCACCAGCUUGAUGCUGAGCAGCAUCACGACAACCGUCAACUUUCCCGCACUUUUGAUGGAACCUUACAGCGGCAGCGAUCCGGAUGUUGGCAAGAGCAUCGAGUACAUGGUGACGAGCAAGGGCUACCCUUUCGAGAGGCAUCGGGUAACCACCGAAGACGGCUACAUUCUGGAAAUGCAUCGCAUCCCUCAUGGACGCCAGGCGUGCUCAGUGCCAUGCUCACGGCAGCCGGUCUUCCUCAUGUCCGGCUUUUUGGUCGCUUCCAUUACCUUCGUCCUCAACUCCCCUCGGCAGUCGCUGGGGUUUGUGCUGGCAGAUCAUGGUUACGACGUCUGGCUUGGGAACGUUCGUGGGAACACCUACGGCAAGAACCACCGGAAGUUCAGCAACGCUUCUCGGGAGUUUUGGAACUUCUCGUUUCACGAGUUCGGCGCGUACGAUGGCCCGGCACAGAUCGACCACGUCCUUAAGCAGACGAAACGCGACAGCCUGUUCUACGUCGGCCUCUCGCAGGGGGCGCUCAUGUACUUCAUCAUGAUGUCCGAAAGGCCCGAGUACAACGCCAAGGUCAAGGCCAUGGCGGGACUUGCUCCUUUCCGAAAGAUGCCGAACUUCAAAGUUCCCUUCCUUGAGGUCAUAGCUACCCGCGGGAACGGCUUCCUCAACGGUCUCUACUCGUCCGGAGUGUACGAAGUGAUGCCCCGAGACUUCCUGGCAGCCAAAGGAGCACGCGCAUUAUGCGCUUUCCCGAGCGGCCGCAGCGUCUGUGCGUUCCUCGCCGACUUCAUGUUCAACAUGGGACACACGCACACCAAUCACUCUCGGUAUCCUGUGUACAUGUCUCACCUGCCAUCUGGGACGUCAAUUAAGAACAUGAUUCACUUGAGUCAGUUGGUGAUAUCCAAGAACGCGCAAAAGUACGACUACGGUCCGGAAGGCAAUCGAGAGAAGUACGGUCAGUCCGACCCUCCGCACUACAGGUUAGACAACGUCGCCAACGACAUUGGCAUCUUCUGGAGUCGGGGAGACAAGUUCGUCCCUCCCGAAGACGUGGACGAGCUCAUCCGAGAGCUGGGACCUCGGGUGAAGAUGAAGCACUUCGUCGAUGACCCGGAGUACAGACACUUUCACUUCGGCGUCGGCACCGUCAACCACGAAGCGUGGCACGAGGAACUGCUGGAGUUCCUCGGAAGAUACUCUGACCACGUCCGCUCGAUGCGGCUUCCUGCGGGGACUUGUUAG